AUACCACAGAAACCAAAGCCACGAUGAAGUCUUUUGCUGCCCCUAUUUUUCUCCUCGCUGCCACCCUCCUCCAGCUUGCUGUCGCAACCAAAUGCCCAUCCGGCCUGACGUGCUCUGGUAAUUCCAAAGAAGAGGCGUUUCUGGUGGAUGGUAUCACUUCGAACGCCUGUUUUGUCGUCAGCAAGUCUUACUGCCCCUUCUGCAUGCGGGCCAAGAGCACCCUGGCCUCCGUGGGCGCAGAUUGUGAGAUCAUCGAACUCGACCAACGUGCGGACGGGCCCGCCCUCCAACGUGUCCUGGCCGACAUGACGGGUCGCCGCACCGUGCCCAACGUCUUCAUCGGUGGGAAAAGCAUCGGCGGGGCGGAUGACACGUUGCUUCUGCAUUCCAAGGGAGAGCUCAAGCGCCUCCUCGUGUCGGCAAAGGACCUUUAAAUUUGCCAGCGGUGAGGGGCCGCUGUGUUAGCCUCUGAAGUCAGCGUAGCGGAAUGGAGUCAUGGUGGGAGUGUUGUUCGAGAUACUUGAUUGCUAAGGGAUGUACGGGCUGUUUGUAAUCAUAAGAAUCAAUGAAAAAUGGUCCGACGAUUCCAACGGCAUGAGUUAAAAAAGUAAAAAAUGCAAGACGCAGAGAAGGA